AGCCCAGCCUAAUCAGUUAUGCUCUUAUUAUUUGUGAGAGCUCACAAUACGCAUAUAAACCCCAAUAAAUCAUGGAAUGAUUGGUUAAAUAUAAAAAAAUGAAUGAUGAUCAAAUCCCAGCUCUGCUGGGUUCUCAAGGCAAGCGCAAUUCAUAUUCAACUGACUUCAAAAUCAAAGUAUUAGAAUAUUACCUCAAGAAUGGAGGUGAUGCUGUUUUUGGACUGAAGUCAAGGACUGCUGAUCAUUUCAACAUUGGCAAGAAAACUGUUGUGAGAAUUGUUGAGAGCAAAGAAGCCCUUUUCAAAGCCAAGGCAAUCAAGUCCAAGAAGUCCCUUCAUAGUGUUAUUAAAGCUGCUUCUACAAGCAAAGUUGUGAAUGUAUCCAAGAAAAUCCCUGUGAAGGUGGCUGCCACUGCAAAAUCACUGCCAGCUACUAAAUCUCUGUCAAUAAGUAACAGAGUAACAGCUCAACCUCAUGCCAUAUCUGUGAAAAGUAGCACCAAUAAGAAUGUUUCCCUUGGAGCAGUCCAAUCAGUUUCUUCUUCUGCCAGUACAAAUGUUUCAUCUACAGCAACAUCUGCAUCUUCUCAAGCUACUGAUGCAAGUUCAAAAGCUGCUGAGUUUUGUAACAGAACUCCUCUCUUGAUGAAUGAACAAGAGGAAGUUUUUGAUUUACCUGAAGAUCCCGAUUACUCAAUACUCAAACUGCCAAUCGCGGGUGGAACCUCAGCAUCAGGCGUGGCUGGUCCUGCUUUAUUGCUCUCCACUGCCACUGAAGAAGUGCGUCAUGCUCUCAUCUAUGAAUGUGAAGUUUUGUACGAGUGCAAGGUGUGCCGCAGCCUCUUCCGCUCUGUGGUCAAUUUCCUGGCUCACAAGAGGAUAUUUUGUACUCAGAACUACAAUGCCAACAAGAAUCUUUACCCCAAAGGUGAGAGCUCAUGUUUUACGCCGCACUCCAGCUCGGUCAUCAGUUCAGAUUACAGCAGCGGGGGCGGCGCCAAGACAUGCAAGGAGCCUCAAACUUCUUCUGCCACAAACACUGGCUCCUCAGCUUUUUAUGACAGGCUUGCUAGCGUGGAGCAGCAGCGAGCUGCAGAUAGCCAGGACUGCCACAUUGAGCUGGAAUGCGUGGCCGAUGGUGCAAGUAACGCGGUCUUCCAGUCUGUCCGUCAUCCUGGCACCGAGCACUCCCAGCCUGAUCUCAAAGAGGCACGACAAGUGGUCCGUGAGCACGAAUGUGGCGUGAUGGCCAUACUGGGAGAGGACGGGCGAGUCGUUGCCACCGUCAACCUCAGCGACGGCACCAACAUGGCGGCGUCUACGACUGCCUUGCCCAUAAAACAAACCAACAUGGCGGCGUCUACGACUGCCUUGCCCAUAAAACAAGAGCCUCAGGAUACUGCACAAGAGGAGCAAUCAACCUCGCGGCUACAGUGCCUCGAUUGCAGUGAGUGCUUUGACGACGCCAGUUGCCUAGAUGCCCACGUGCGUUCCUCUCACAGCAGUGCUGACCCCACGGGCUUCUCGUGCCCCAUUUGUGGGGGCUCGUUCCCCUCCUUGUGGGCCGUCAGCAAACAUCUUCAGACGAUUCACCAUAAGACGAAGGCUCAAACUGAACAUCUCCGACAAACCAUCAAGAACAACUCUAACAAAGACAAGCAAACUCCCAGCAGCGCUUCAGGGCCACUCGACAGUGGCGCGUCUGCUGCUGAUGCUUUAGACGGAGGCGUGGAAGUGAAGACGGAGCCUCUAGAUCCACCGAUGCUGUCAUCGCCCCAGCGUGAUAAGGAGGAAGUGAGGGCGUCACGGCAGUCUUCUCUGCUGCGUUGUCCAGAUUGCUCCAUGUUCUUUGUUAGUCACCGAAGUCUGGAGGCGCAUAAGGAGUUUUAUUGCCAAUUGGAUGCUGCUCAACCUGCUCCGUCGCGCCGUGCUUCCAUUGAAGCUAUCCAGGAAAGACCACUUACUCGUACUCCCGUUUCAGAAUCACCUACGAAGAAGAUCGGGAUUCAGAUACGCAAGGUAUACAAAACCGAAGAUAAAGAAUUACCACCAACUUUUGAUCUUAGAUCUACCUCUGACAAUGAUGAAUCUUCUAGCUUGUCUCGUAUCAACAACAAUGAUGGUUCAGGGAUAAAGUUUGAAGUUGGUUAUAAAUAUCCGAACAGUCAAGGCCCACUGUCCGAUACCUUUAUUAUGGGUAAAGUAAUGUCAUUUUGUUCCCUAGAGAAGUUUCGUUGUACUUUGUGUCGGAAAAAUUUCUGCAACGGUUCUAGCGUUCGAAAGCACGCUGCUAUCCACUUGAGAUGGACGCGGUUCCUUUGUUUGCUGUGUGGCUUCAGGGACUAUCAAGAAUGUCGUAUGGUGAAGCACGUGUGUGAGGUACAUCAAGUACAAGCUAAGGAAACUAUCUCAUACUAUACUGAGUCGCACUUCAUAAACGGCGAUUUUAGAAAGGAGCUGAUCUUACCUUCUUCGGACUUGUCGUCCUCGGAAAACUCUUUGAAAAGAAAAAAACGAGCUAUUCCUAAUUUCUCUGAUAAUGAAGAAGUUUCUCCAAAAAGAACUUGCACAAAAGAAUCUCAACCUGGACCGCCAAAAUUAAUGCAUGAUCAAUCUACGGAAAAACAGUUUUUGAAGCUUAAAUUGAAGAGAGUGCAGCUUGAUGUGCGUCCUAGUGAAGGUCCAUCUCCUAUUAUCGCUGGCAAAGAUAAAUCUUUGGAGUCAAUUAUCAAGAAAUUGGGCGGAAAUACAGAUGAAGACCGUGAUGAAUCAAGUACACCGCUAGUGAUGUCGAACGAACCAGGACCGUGUCGAAAAAGAAGUAUUUCGCCAUCCGAAGUGCAGGUUGACCUUUGUAAAGUGAGGACGAGCCUGCACAUCCAACAGUCUGGGCAAGUGACAACGGGUGAAGCAACAAAAGCUUCUUAUCAUAUUCGGUCUCGCCGAAAGAAGAGGCCUCCCACUAAAUUGAGUCCUUCCCCUCUGUCUAAUAAAGUUUCUGGGAAGAAGUCCUUGCGCAAUUUUCCGUCUAACAGAACUUCACACAGCAAUAAGGCAGGACCAAAAAUUCAAAAAGGCUUGUUCAACAAGAAGACCAAAACGUCCAAUGAUACUGAAAUGGAUCAGAUAUCUGAAAGCAUUUUGAUGGAGCCCUCAGAGAGUACGAUUAAGAUUUCAUCUGAUACAAGAGUGCAAUUGAACAGUCGAAAAAAGAUUGCAUCUGCUGACAACGAUUAUGGAGCACCUAACGUGGUUACGGCUUGGAUAUCUCCUGACGAGGAAGCCCCACUCUCCCCAAAAGAGUCGGGAUUUUUACACAAGAAGACACUGACACCUGAAAAGAGUGUUCAAAAACCCAAAGAGGAAACACUGACGCCUAAACAGAAAACGCAGACACCCAAGAAAGAGAUGCCGACACCUGAAAUAAAAACCUCGAAACCUGAAAAUAAGUCACGAUCGCCUAGAAAUCAUUCGCUCUCGCCUGAAAAGAAAACUUCGACACCAAGAAAGACGACGUUGACAUCUGAAAACAGAACUCUGACACUUGUUAAGACGGCGUUGACACCUGAAAAGAAAACUUUUACGCUUGAUAAGAUGACGUUGGCACCUGAAACAAAAAUGUUUACUCUUGGUAAGACGACGUUGGUAUCUGAAAAGAAAACAUUGACUCCUGGAAAGACGACGUCCACACCAGUAGAGUCAAUGCUAUCACUUGGAAAGAAGUCGCUUACACUAAAGAAGCAGGUACCUGCGAUUGCGAAGAAGAUCCUUCCGUCUGAAACAAAUGCACCGAGUCCAGAAAGUGCCGUGCCUAAACUUCCGACUAAAAUACUUAUGCUUAAAAAAGAAAUGCAAACUUCUGAAAAGAAAAUACUUCCAAAAAGCUCGCUAAUUGUAUUGCAAAGAAGGUAACAUCUUCUUCUGGCAAGAAGACACAGUCUUAUUCAAAAUAAAAACAACAUACGACCUUUCUAAAUGAAGUGUUACCAAAAGAAGAUAGUCUAAAAUUUGUUCAAAGAGCGUAAAGAAUUGAAAAUCUCAAGUUGUGCCUCCUUAAUCGAUUGAUGGUAAAAUUCAGCGAAAGUAUUGGGUAUUGAAAAUGGGUUUGCUUUUUGUCAAUCAAUGUAUUUGCAAAAACGAUAUAACAAUUGUUUUUAUUGACUAGCCAUUUUUUGUAAAUAUUUAUACUACAAUGAAGCAUCGGAACCUUUUUUUUUGGUUUCAAGCAU